ACCGCCGGCCAUCCUCACCGGAACAGCAAAACGGUGCUGUUUCCCCGCGCUGCUCCCGGUCGAUGGAAUUCGAUCACCGAGGCUGCGGCGACGAGGACAUCGACGACAUGCACCGGUUCGUCGACCUUCCGCCGCCUCACGACCAUACAGCCCAAGACAACUUUGCCUUCAGUAAAAUGGGAACUGACAGGAAUAACAAUACCAGUUAAGAAAAAGAAACGACACCAGAAACUGAGUUGUGAAAUCUGCCAGGUGCAAGCAACUAGUGAGCACAGCUUACAAGAACAUCGUGCAGGGCGUAAGCACCAAUUAAAAGAAGCAAUUAAUCAGAAGGUACAAUUAACAGAGGAAUCCUCUUCCAGCACAGAGCAGAAAACAUCCUCGAUAAAAUGGAGCUGCAGUACAUGCCAGGCCAACGGUACAAGCGAAUCAGACCUGAAGGAGCAUCUAAGUGGAAGAACACACCGACAAAACAUUAAAGCGCAACUCAUGGAGAGUGAUGACAUUGCUAAGACUAAUGAGCUGCAGGAACCAGAGUGCCCUAAGAACAAUGCACCACAGCAUUCAGAGAAGCCACCUCCGAUGAGUUCCACCCAUUGCCUAGCGAACUCUACUCAUGAAUUGGAGUUACGAGGGCACCUUUUAGCUAAGCUUCAAGCUCUACUGGACGAAAUCAGUAACCUGUCAAGGAAUUCUGAGUCGCGAGAAGCCACAGUGCUUCCGAACAUUGCGCCACAACAUACAGAGCAGACUCCAGGAUCAAAUUGUAGCAUACUUCAAGCUAAUUCUGAUUGCAAAUUAGACUUGGAGCACCAAUUUGGAGCGAAGAUACACCAACUGAAUGUCCAGGGCCUACUUGAAGAAGCCAAGAAAACGGGAGAUUUUCCACCAGAAAUUGCCAAGAUCCAGCAACCGCCCUCUGAAUGGGGUUGUGUUAUCUGUCAGACAAAAUGUUACUCCGCACCUCAAUUCGCUCAGCACUGCAGAGGCAAGAAACACCAAAAGAAGGUGGAGGCACUACAAGGAGGCGUGGAUGCCAAAUCAAGCAAUCUGACGACAGUGCACAAAGCAGCUUCAAAUGGUUCUGACAGCAACAGUUCGAGUUCAGAGAAGGUGGAGGAUCAGACAGCAUUGUUGUCCUGCAGGGUUUGCAAUCUGCAGUGCAACUGCGAGAGUAUGCUUGCAGGCCAUUGUAAGGAGGAGGAGGAACAUAUGGAGAAACAGAAGUUGCGGGAUUUCUGCGAGGUCUGCAAUUUGAAGUGCAACAGCGAAAAGAUGCUCGCUCAGUGCGAACAAACGAAAUGCAGUUGUGGCUUGGGUGCCGGUGGCACUGGGGGGAAUUGUACAGUAAGAUAAGGACCCUAGUACCCCUACCUAUGAAGUUUGUAUGCCAUGCCACUAUUCAUUUUAGUGACCCGACUGCAAUUUCAAAAUACAUUUGUUGAGUUA